GCCCUCGAGCGGCCGCCUGGCUGCAGCAUGCGCGUCCGCCGGGGGCUGCUGCGGCUGCCGCGCCGCUCGCUGCUCGCCGCGCUCUUCUUCUUCUCGCUCUCGUCCUCGCUGCUCUACUUCGUCUAUGUGGCGCCCGGCAUAGUGAACACCUACCUCUUCAUGAUGCAGGCUCAAGGCAUUCUCAUUCGGGACAACAUGAGAACGAUCGGCGCUCAGGUUUACGAGCAGGUGGUUCGGAGUGCUUACGCCAAGAGGAACAGCAGCGUGAAUGACUCAGAUUAUCCUCUUGACUUGAACCACAGCGAAACCUUCCUACAAACCACAACUUUUCUUCCUGAAGACUUCACCUACUUUGCAAACCAUACCUGCCCCGAAAGGCUCCCUUCCAUGAAGGGCCCCAUAGCCAUAAACAUGAGUGAAAUUGGAAUGGAUGCCAUCCAUGAGCUCUUCUCUAAAGACCCAACCAUCAAGCUCGGAGGUCACUGGAAACCAUCGGAUUGCAUUCCUCGAUGGAAGGUGGCAAUCCUUAUCCCCUUCCGGAACCGCCACGAGCACCUCCCGGUCCUGCUCCGACACCUGAUUCCCAUGCUCCAGCGCCAGCGCCUACAGUUUGCGUUUUAUGUGGUGGAGCAAGUUGGGACCCAGCCCUUUAAUCGAGCCAUGCUUUUUAAUGUGGGUUUUCAAGAAGCAAUGAAGGACUUGGACUGGGACUGUCUUAUUUUUCAUGAUGUGGAUCAUAUACCAGAAAGUGAUCGUAACUAUUAUGGAUGUGGACAGAUGCCAAGGCACUUUGCAACUAAACUGGAUAAGUAUAUGUAUCUGCUUCCUUAUACUGAGUUCUUUGGCGGAGUGAGCGGCUUAACAGUGGAACAGUUUCGGAAAAUCAAUGGCUUUCCUAAUGCUUUCUGGGGUUGGGGUGGAGAAGAUGACGACCUGUGGAACAGAGUGCAGAAUGCAGGCUAUUCUGUGAGUCGGCCAGAAGGUGACGCAGGGAAGUACAAGUCCAUUCCUCAUCACCACCGAGGAGAAGUCCAGUUUCUUGGAAGGUAUGCGUUGCUGAGGAAGUCCAAAGAGCGGCAAGGGCUGGACGGCCUCAACAACUUGAACUACUUUGCAAACAUCACAUAUGACGCCUUGUAUAAAAACAUUACUGUCAAUUUGACACCCGAGCUGGCUCAGGUGACCGAGUACUGAGACGAGGGGAGAAUACAUGUUUGCUUCACCCACCGCCCCCAAGAAAGCAGCCUGACGACAUGUCUCGGGGCUCCGCAGAGGAAGAAAACAGAAAUCCAGUGUGGAUCCAUGAGGGAUCACAGGGUUCAAGGAAAAAAAAUGCGGACAGAGCACACGCACAUAACGCCUUCACCGUUUGGACCCACUGGGCUUGAGGGAGUCAGCCGGGAGCUGACUUUCUCUUUUCACAAGACAGAUGUCUGUCCUGCCGCUGUUCUCCCUCACCUUCUGCCC